UCGAAUUAGAAGAAAAGUGAAAUUGAAUGAAAUAUUGCCGUUUUCCUUGAUUUUGAGAAAGUUUUUGUUUUCAUCCAACGAAUAAAAGGAAUAUUCAAAUUAUAACGGUUUUAUAAAGUGUUUUUACCAUAAAUAGUAGUGAAAAAUUGUCCUACUUUUGUUUUGAUUGCUUGUUCUAGAAAGAAGGAUAUUAAACAUACGUGUUUUAUGAGUAUCUAAUAGUUUCCAACAACAUAUAAACAACAAACAUGACUUCAACGUGGCUGUGCACCAAAAACACCUCAAAAAUAGCUUUAUUCACAAUAGCGCUUACGGUGUUGAUAGCUGUGGCGAGCACAGACUCCAACUCCAUGCCAAAUGCAGAUACAUCCGCCACACCAGUUGUAACAACGACAACAACAACCACACAACAUACCAAUUCAUUGGUCGAUGAUCUGGAACAUGAAGAAUUCAUUGAUACCGAUUCACAGCAACCACAUUCGCGUCGAAAACGUUUAAUUUGGAUUACGGAUGAUGGACGAUUGGCAUUGCCACCAGGUACUGCGUUGACGUUUACACCAACCAUAUCUAUGCCAUUGGUAAGACAUCCUCCGGAGGGAUUCUUUUCAAAUCUGACCAUUAGUUUUCCCGUAACAAUCGAUUUUGAUAAGCUGGGCUUGACCGAUAACCAAAAUCCUUUGGGUGAUUUGCCACCCAUAUUUGCACGAUCCUUUGGCCAUUCAGCCGGUGAAAUGUUGGGCGACUAUGUGACCAAGUUGUUGCAUUUGAAACGUAAACGUGACUUAAGCGAACAGAAUAAAGUACCCACAUCAAGUGGCCACUUCAAAGUUGAACAACAACAAAUCAAUGCCGAAGAACAACCAGAAUUUCCACAAUUACCAGAAAGGUUUAAGCACAUAUUCCAUGGUGGAGAAAGAGUCAUUUUAUAUGGAGUGGUGGAGGACUUUUUGUCCACAUUCGGCAUGAAUGGCAAGGCUUGUCUCUUGCGUACAAUUUGUGAGGUGCACUCAAGAUCAGUGGAUCAUUUUGGUGUUUUUGGUGAAAUGGCGAAGUUGUUUUUAACUGUGACUAGAUCACCCUUCUCUGAUCUGAUACCAGAAUAUGUAAAGGCCCAAGAAAUUGGAGAAGGUCGUGUGGCACCAGGUGAAUGUUUCCCCUACUACAAGGAUUGCCCAAGAAGCAUCUUCAAAGCCAUACAAAACCACAAAUACAGAGAAUCUCACAAAGGCGAAUAUCACGAACAAGAAGUCGAAGAAAUCACCAAGCCCCAACUACCACAAACAAUGUCAGCUUCAGAUAUAUUGGAUCAACAGGUAGUUGAUAACGAAGAAAAUCCCGAUUAUAAUGAAAUCCCUAAAGAUUAUGCGAAAAGGAAACGAUCCAGUAGUUUGUAUUCCAUGUAAAGAGCCAUCACACAUUCUACGGACUCUGGGGCAAUAUCUAUUGUAAAAAUUAUAUAACUUAAAUUAAAUAGGAAAUUUGUAUUUAUUAAAUCACUUCAAUUUGUUUUGUGUAGCUAAAGUAAAAUUGUUAAUUUAUUACAAACUUUUUGUUGUUAACUUAGAAUUAAUUUAAAUUUUGUUUGUUUUGCACAAAUGAGUGUUCUCUGAAAGUCAUCUUAGUAGCAGAUAAGUUUUGUUUUUUAAUAUUAAUUUAACGAAUUGUAUAUAUUAAUAAUAUUUUUUAGAAGAUGAUGUGAAGUUUAUUCUAUAUGUUUUCAUUAAUUAACUAAUGAAAUUAUAUUUAUUGUAAUUUAUUU